AUGUCGGGUUCGGAUACUGAUUAUCUUAUUCGAGAUAAUGCUACGGGAGCUACACCAAAAUCAAAAUUCAGAAAGUUCAUCUGGUUAACUAUAGUCUUUUUAUUGGGUAUUGCUAUUGGUAGUAUACCAUCAAUCGUUCUAUAUAUUCGUUCAUCACAUUCUGGAUCUAAUCCAUCGAUACCUUCCGGAUGGAAUAUUGAUGAUUAUCAAUCAAAUAGUGAUUAUUAUAAUGAAUUAACAGCAAUCCAUGAUUUUAAUCAAACACAUAAUCUUCGUUUGGAUCGUCUUUCUUCACCACAAUUUCAUCCACAACAUGGAAAAAGUGUUAUCUAUUUACGAAAACAAUUUCAUAUGCCUGAUUUAAAUGGAUCAACAACAACAUUACAUUGGACAUGUUUACAAACAAAUCAAACUAAACAAUUAACUCAACCUAUUUGGGGAGUGCAUGAUCAACAAGUAGAUUUUCUAUUUAUUUAUUUUAAUAUUUAA